GUAAUAUUUCUUGAUAUACCACUGCCCGGUUUUUAAUUGGCUUAGAAAGCUAUUACACCUAAAGGGGAAGAUAUACAUAUAGAAAUGAGUAUGUGAGUAAAAUGAAAAGUCAUGUUUAAUAUAGUAAGUACUUUAGCUUCUCUGAGCUGGGUUUCUGCUGCUUAUUUGGACUCAUAGGCAGUAUCAGUGCAAAAGAUCACAAGAGACAAUAAGAAAUUAUAAGAAAUUUCAAAGCUCUGGCUUUUGCCAUUAAAGUCCAACUAUCUUCUAGGAGAAGGAGAUGGCUUUGUAUCCACUGCAAAUUGCUGGACUGGUUCUUGGAUUCCUUGGAGUCAUUGGGACUCUUGCUACAACUCUACUGCCUCAAUGGAGAGUGUCUGCCUUCAUCGGCAGCAACAUUGUGAUAUUUGAAAGGAUCUGGGAAGGACUUUGGAUGACUUGUGUCCAACAAGCACAUGUCAGGUGGCAGUGCAAAUAUUAUGGCUCUCUUUUGGCUCUCCCACCCGCUUUAGAAACAUCCCGAGCGCUCAUGUGUGUGGCAAUUGCUUUGUCUUUGAUUGCUCUGUUUGUUGGUAUUUUCAGCACGAAGCAAGCCCGGUGCACUGGCUCUAAUGAGCAAGUCAAGUCUUACCUGCUGGGAGCCUCUGGAGUCCUUUUCAUCCUGACAGGCAUCAUCAUUCUGAUUCCUCUAUGCUGGACAGCCAAUCUCAUCAUCCAGGACUUCUACAACCCAACUAUUCAUGUAGGACAGAAACGGGAGCUGGGUGCUGCACUCUUCCUUGGCUGGACAACUUCAGCAGUUUUCUUUAUUGGAGGAGUUCUUCUCUGUAGUGUUUAUUUCUGCAAAAGAAGGAGGAGGAGGCAUAGAUGUUCAUCAACAGAACACCGAGUGCAGUGCAAACCUCAGCACCAAAAAAUGAUGGCAAGUAAGACCUCUACCAGUUAUGUCUAG